CAGCGGAGCGAAACGGUCACAGUCGCCGCCGGUAUAGACGCGCGUGGUCGAUUAGAAAGACAGGGCAAGGCUAAAUAUAGUGCGCACGGUCGCGUUAACAGAGCUUUUCAAUUUGAAAUUCAGAUAUAUUCCGCGCGAUGCGGUGCUUCGAUAAUUAGCGGCGGCGUGUCGCGUCGCGGCCUCCGGUGAACAACAGAGGGCUGUAGAGAGGGUGGGGGGUGGACCGAUGAAAGUUAGACACGGCGCGUGUGUAUUUACGGUUUUAGUUGGACGUUCGUAUUGAAAAGGUUGACUGCUAGGUGAACCGUGACAGUAUUUAUCACGGGUGUACUCGUGUCGGUAGUAUUGUUUCGCGUAACGGAUUAUUGAGAUUUCACUUUGGGAUUAACGGCCGGGACUCGACGUUGGGUGCAAGGACUGAGCAUACCUGGGAGCGUUUGAGAAGCACAUCCCCCGAGACCCCUCCAGCCAAAGUCACUCGCCUAACCUCUCCCCUGUCCUCCUUAUCCUCCUCCACACCCUUUCCCUCCGCAAAUCUUGAGAAGAAAACCCCCUAUCGUAAUCACAGAUCCCGUGACUUCGUUAUGGACGGUAUGGAUUCCAAACCAGUCUUGAACGACGACCCCUCGGUCACCCUGACCAUCCGCCUGAUUAUGCAGGGCAAGGAGGUCGGCAGUAUCAUUGGGAAGAAAGGAGAGAUCGUUAAGAGGUUCCGCGAAGAGUCGGGCGCGAAAAUCAACAUCUCCGACGGAUCUUGCCAGGAGCGUAUAGUGACGGUCACCGGGCCGACGAACGCGAUCUUCAAAGCGUUCACGUUAAUAUGCAAGAAAUUCGAGGAAUGGUGCUCGCAGUUCCACGACAACCAAAGUGGCGGUGGCGCGACCAGGCCGCCGAUCACUCUCAGGCUCAUCGUGCCCGCGUCCCAGUGCGGUUCCCUCAUCGGUAAAGGUGGAUCGAAGAUCAAGGAGAUUCGCGAAGUGACCGGUGCCUCGAUUCAAGUCGCCUCUGAGAUGCUGCCCAAUUCGACGGAACGUGCGGUUACCAUAUCCGGUACCAGCGAGGCCAUCACGCAGUGCAUAUAUCACAUAUGCUGUGUUAUGCUAGAGUCCCCUCCCAAAGGUGCCACGAUCCCUUAUCGCCCCAAACCCCAAGUUAGUGGGCCAGUGAUCCUGGCUGGUGGGCAAGCCUACACCAUCCAGGGUAAUUACGCGGUGCCCGCUCACUCGGACGUAAGUACAGUAUUGCCAUUGUCCGCGCCCGCUGCCGGGCCCACCCCGCCCUCGCUGAACACCCAAACUUUGACGACUUCGCCCUUCGCGGCCCACCCCUCUUCCUCGGCCUUUGCCGCUUCUCACGGGCAACCGCUCCUAUCCACGGCCCACCUUACGACCCCACAUCUUCCUCUCCACCCGAGCCCCUUACACGCCAGCGUGGCAGGCCUCGCCGACCCCCUGCUGAAGAGUGGACACUUGCAGGCAGCCCUCCCGCCCGCACACCUCGUGGCAGACGCCAUGGGGAAGCUUGGUAGCAAUCCGUUAGCUGGACUAGCAGCUCUGGGCCUCGGAGGCCUGGCCACACCUGCCAACACUGGCGGACUUAAUCCAGCAGCACUGGCAGCGCUAGCCGGCAGCCAGCUGCGCACCAGCAACACAAACAGGCAACAGCCAGCGGCGAACAAUCAGACACACGAGCUGACCGUGCCAAACGAGUUGAUCGGUUGCAUCAUCGGAAAGGGCGGUAGCAAGAUCGCCGAGAUCCGUCAGAUUUCCGGCGCGAUGAUCAGAAUCAGUAACUGCGAGGAGAGGGAGGGUGGUGCCACGGAUCGUACGAUCACCAUUACCGGAAAUCCGGACUCCGUGGCAUUGGCACAAUAUCUCAUCAAUAUGAGUGUUGAACUGCAGAAAGCUAACCUAGAGGCCCAAAAUACCCAAACCCCUGGCAGCGGUACCACUCCCGGGGCAUCCGGGGCCAGUGCUUCUCCCUCUACCACCACUACCACUGCCUCUCCCUUGGCCAGCGCCAUUCCCUUGGCUCAGCUGCUAAGCAAGCCAGGCGCCCUCAACGCCCUAUCUAGCCUCACCGCCCUCGGCGGACUCACGGAAUUGCUAGGUGGUGCUGCUGGCGCGGCUGCAUCCGCGCUCCCGGUCCAGACAACCGGCGUGCACCGGUCGCACAAGUUCACGCCGAGGUUACGUAGCCCCGGCGCACCGGGACCGACCGACAGCGGCAAAUUCAAAUCCGAGCGCACCAAGUACAACCCGUACUGAGCCAGCGGACGACAGCCACCCACGGAGAGACGCGACAGGGAGAUCAUUACACAUUCUGCCACACGCAUUACUCAUCGACAUGAACAAGAACAACAACAACAGCAACAGCUACUAUUGCUACUACAGUUACAAGAAUUACCAGUACCGAUCGCUCAUACACACACGGAACACGAAAUUUACAUCGGAGAAACGUGCGUACGGACGCCAGGGUAGCGCGAGUCCGGAUAAAGACUUGGCUAAGGAUCGGACCACGAUUUUUUCAAGGACUUUCAGUCUCUACUACCUUUCUCUUCUUGAUUAGUAGGGUAAGACCGCGCGGACCGACAGCAGAUCGGUUGCUAUUCUGUGAUCGGUCCGGUUUUUAAUCUUUGUCGAGGAUAGACACUAUCUACCCUGCGUGGUUAUUUUGCUGUCUUUGAUCGUGUCAAUCCUUAUGUCUGUAAACUGGGUACGCGGCCGAUCCUCUAGCGAUCUGCGGUUUCAGAGGUUUUUGUGGGCUUUAGUUUAGGGGAUUGGGUAUCGUAGAGCUUGAAGUAGUGUUCUUUGAAGAUUUCGUUCGUUUGAAUUCCCCGCGUGGAAUUGAAGGCUAACGCGUUUUGGGUAGGGAGCAUUUGGAGUUGUUUACACGACUGUUCAAUGACUGGGUUUGCCUGAGUAGACUUCUACUUAGAAUUGUAGCAGAGCUAGCGGAGUAUAAAAAUUACUCGAUGAGAAUUUAGUUAUUCAUUUGUACUAACGACAUCUUUUAUGGUUUUAAUUACAUUCCCGAUUGUUUUCUAUUCGAAUUCUUUGUAAUAGUAUGUAGUAUAUUGUAGGAAGAUUGAAAUGCUGGAACUCCGGUUAUUGAACAUUGUGAGACAUUUUGGUUACAGACAUAGGGGUUGAGAUCGAUCAUUGAUAGUUCCUCCGAGUUUGCAUUUUUCUGAUAUACAGGGUGUAGUUGAAGUCGCUCGAAUGGGCGCACGUUUGUCCUGGGAAUGGAGGAAGGUCCCAGCAACGUGGAUCCGAAAUCUCUUCCUUUUUGAAAUUGGCUCGUUAUUCGUGAACGAAAUACAUGAUUCUCUUAGAAACAGAAGUUUCCCAUGAUACUUAAGUCUUUUUAUUUUUGUUUCAUCAAAUUGUUUGAAUUUUAAUAAGAAAUAAUCUGUCUCUAUAAUCUUCAUUUUAUCUCUGUCUCUGAUUGCGUGUAGAAGAGUAAACAUAUUAACGUAGAAUUGAUGAAUUGUUAGCUUUACUUUACAGUAGAGAUAAAUAUUAAUAAUAUUCAGUAUAACUCAGUAGUCGACUGCAUAUCGUAAAUACGGCGUUUCCAAUCAUACAUACUUACAAGCGUUUGCAUUUUAUACUUAAAAAGCAGCAUUUACAUAGAGAACUAUACUUCGUUUAUCCGAUCAAACGGUCUUUAUCGAUUCUCACUGUUUCAAGCUAAGUAAAAAUGAUAAUAGCAGUAGUUCAAAUAUCCAUAACUCAAAGAGAAGCCAUUCGUAGUAAAAUAUUCGCAUGGCAUUACUUGACGUGAUUUAGCAGUAAGUUGUAUUUUAGAAUACAUAGUAUCCGAAGAACCUUUAAAGAUCAGUAGAAAUGACUCCUUUUAAAACAAUUCUUUUUUGUAAUACAGCGGGUGCCGUGAUAUUUAUAGAUAAAAGAAAAUGACAAAUUUCAAUACGGAAGAAAUUCCGGAUCCACGUUCAAAUGACCUUCGCCCAUCCUUAAGGUGAGUAGACACAGUUUCUAAAGUUAAUGUAUCCGAACCCUGUGAACGAAGAUCGUCGAGAUCCGACGCUAAGUCUUCGGGCCCUUGACACUAGCGCCAUGCGUCCUCCGAGUGACUCGUCAGCCGCGUCUUUUUAAGUGAACGAUCAAGUUCGACUUAAAAUUUUCUUCUUCGAAUAUCCUUUUUUUUAUCAUUAUUAUUUGCGAGAACUUUUUUCUAUUUUAUUUUUUAAUCUGUAUAGUAUCUUACGAUACCGCCUUAAAACAAAAUUCGGCCCGCGGUAGCAAGAUGGCGACUCGGAGGGCGAAGACUGCUUGUGCACCGUCGCAGGACAGUCUUUUAUAUACAUAUAUAUAGUGUAUGCAACACAAUACAAAAUAUAUAUAUAUAUAAAUUCAUGUAAUGUAAUAAUUGCGAUGAAUUAUUAAUUGAUUAAUGUUUGAUGCAGAACAAUUUUUCUUACUAGCGUUAGUGGAUUCCGAUGUAAUUUUUUCUAGUAGUUAUAGCUGACCACUUGAAUUCGGUAUAAUAGAGGUACAAUUAUGCGACGAGUGAACGAUCGAACGAGUUCAAUCGGAACGAAAACAAAAUGUAGGGUUGCGCGUGUAUCGACGAGCGACUGUUGCCGAAUGACAAGGAACGAAAGAUAGCGUGAGAGAAAGGAUUAUGUACGUUAUUUUCCAUUUUUUUUCGAUCAUGUCUUGACACGGGUGCAUAGAGAGAGAAAAAGGCGAGCGAGAUAGACGAGAACAGUAGAAAAGAACAGAAGAGAAGAAAUGAAAAUUGCGUGUUUAAAGAUGCACCGUGUCGUAAUUAUGUAACGUGCUCUAAAGCGAGAAACGACGACAGACUUCCUCCGUUAGAUGGUCAGAGCGAGAUAAAUAAAACUUGAUCGUGAGAAUGCGAGUACUAGAGCGAGAGAGUGUGAGAAUGGGAGUAAGAAUAUUAAUCAGAGAGCUUAUCGUACCUCGACGAGGUAGGGCUUCAUCGGAUGUCGUCGGUGAAUAUAAAUAUAUUAUAUUCGAUUGUACGAGGUAAUCAAUGAAUUUACAAUAGUGGUCAUUUUAUUGUAACGAUAUAAUAAUUAUAUACAAACAGACAUGGAAAACCCGUAAUCAUUCACGAGGAGAGAGACACGGUCGAUUAUACGUAUGUAUACAUGUACCGGGGAUAAUAGCGAGAAGAAAGUAUAAAGAAACGGAAAAAAAAUAACAUGAAAACGAUACGAGUUCAGAUAAAUUAGCGUAAACGAGAACGUUUUAGAUACGUAUUAUUACUUUACCGGCACACGUACCACACGAACACAAAAUAGGACACAGGCACACAAAAAAGAAAGAGGUGAAUCGUUAUUGCAUUCACCCCGCGCGUGUAUCGAGCGUCUUUUCUUCUUGAUCGGCGAGAACAAUGAAGAGGAAAAGAGAGUCGAGGGGAAAACAUUUUCUGAGAGAAAAAAACAUGAUGAUAAUAAAUAAAACUAGAACGAAACCGACGAAGCUCUCACGUGAACGUUCGGUUCGAACAAGACGAGUCGAGCCGAAUUGCCGAUGCGCGACGGGUCGUUCGCGCAGGUGAACGAGAAGAGAAGAUAAGACUAAAAAUAAAAGGGGGAGGAAAGAAUUAAGAUCAAACGAUCGUCCGUUCGCGUUGAACGAGGUCCGGCUGCGUGAACGCUAACAGAUCGAUGUUUGUGUGCUCAAUUUCUAGUUCGUAGCGAGGAAAUAUAAAAAGAUGUGAAAAACAGUUCGCAUCUAGCGAACGAUUCACGAUCGUGUGUUGCGUCGUAUACCGAUCGGACGUGAUUCGCGAUGGCGGAUCAUCGACGAGUAAAUACUAGAUUCGCGAUAACAAAAAGCAAUUCUAACUUCGAGUUCUCGCGGACCGAAACAAGAUGGCGGGUCGCACGCAGGGUGAGCCGCGAUCGCGAUCCACGUCCACGUAAUUAAUAACAAUAUAUCCACUUUCCAUUGCGUUCUUCAUUCUAUUUGCCGAUCCGUAGUCUCGCCCCAUUUCGUUGAUUUCUUUCGUCGAGACAAUAAGGAACAUGUUCGGUUUUUCUUUUUAUUCGCCACGUCGAAAUCCCGACGGGGGAUGACGGAUAAAGGAAAACGGUGAAUGAGGCGAACCGCCCGCACUCAUCGCGGCGCGAGAAAUUCAGACGGUGGGUUUCAUAAUCAAGAUUCGAAACGAGAGUAUACACAGGAUUUUACGUAGGUAAUUAGUUCUCAAACUGUAUAUUGGUCUCUAUAAACGAUGUCGCAGAGCUUGUGUGCUUAACAGACAUUAGCUACCCUGUAUCACCUUGUUAAAUAAAGCUAGGGGUGUUUAAUACAAUACGAGAUGAUGCAAGAUGAAAAAAAAAAUCAUGAAGAAGAAAACAAUAAAACCACCAACACGUGUUUCGGCCUUCCUUCGAACGGGGUCCCGCAACGCACUCGGCCGCCAUUUUCUCGCCGCGUCGAUAAACCGUG